AUGACCGAAUCACUCGCCGAGUCGCCCGGUCCACAUCUCCCCGAGUUUCUGUUCCAACCGUUUCGGAAACCCAAGCGGAUCAGAACAGCGUUCUCACCAACACAGCUGUUGAAGCUGGAGCACGCCUUCGAGAAAAACCACUACGUGGUGGGGCAGGAGCGCAAGCAGCUGGCGCAGACGCUGAGUCUUUCAGAGACACAGGUGAAGGUGUGGUUCCAGAACCGGCGCACCAAGCACAAACGCUCGUCGGACGGCGGCGAGGGCGGCGAGGGCGGUGACGGAGGUGACGGCGCCGAGGCCGGAGAGAGCAGCGAGGGCGGAGCCGUCUCAGAGGAGGGCGGCUCGUCGGCGCACCCCGCCGUCGACUCCGACUCCGACUCUGAGGAUAACGCCGGCGCCGGUAUUGACGUCACCAACUGAGGCGACCGAGUUACUGGUAUUAGGGAUCGCUGAGUCGGAAGCUGACAGUGCUGACCUGAGGCACUGGUGAUGCGCUUUACUUAGCCUGGCUCGUACCGCACCAGGAUGCGACUUUCUGGACACUAUACCGGCACUCGGUCCCCAGUGCGCCUGAUUGGUCGGUGUUUGCGCAUUGGAACGCUUCCUCUUCAUUUAUGCUAUGAAUAGGCGAUGCUGAUUAUUCGAUAUCGUGUGUUGAUUGACGCUCGUAGGCAGACCUCAUUAAUUUUGAAAUGACUCGAGUAUUAUGUGAUGCCGACAGGCGGCCCUUCGCGAGCAGCCAGCUAUGAUGUGUACGUCAUUCACUAAUCACGACAUCUGCCGGCCCUAAGCAGUUUCUAUGUGCGCAUACAUAGCAGCAAUCUUUUUCUAAUGUUCUUUCCUCUUUUCUGACGGCCCUUGCGACAACAUCUCUUAGGAUGCUCGGUGAUCUUGAUAAGUGGCCCAUGCAGCACUCAGGUACAACUCUACUCAGCGCACCAUGCACUAUUACUAUGCGGAAACGGUAAAGCUCUGCUGACGUAAAUGAAAUUUAUACAUAAGCCAGUCAUUUCGCUAAAUAGUCGACACCUGUUGGUUGCGCCGGGCGGUGAGGAUGACUCCGGGCGGGCGGUUUAUGUGGGAUGAUAGGGCGGAGAUACACCGCAGCUGAUGGCACUUGCAGUUUAUCCAGGAUUUAGUCUGCAUUUAGACGCAUGACGGCAAUGGCUGCUCCUUUCGGCGAAAUCCGCCGGGCCCAGGUGUACGGCCGGAAUCCUGAACUACACGAUGGCAGGCCUGCAACUGCGUAUUGCACUGCAGAGCCAGGAUUAGCUAUGGUGAAAGGCGACGGUGGUGGAGCGGCUGCACUCAAUGCACCAUUUCCAUUCAGCCUUUUAUGAGCGCUAUGGUUAAGCACUUCCUAUUCGCUGUAAAAAGAACAGCCACUUGAGUAGGUCAUUGGUACUUCAGAAUUUCAAAAUCCCUGAAUGGUAGCCUUUCACAAAUAUCGCACCCUUUGCAUGCUCUUCUGAAUGAAUAUCUGUUCGUGAUGAGUGAUAACAUCCGACCAACUCUAAUAACGUGAGACCGUUGCAGCUGCAAUUUGUAAAUGAGGUCGGAGGAAUGGAAUGAAAGGAGAACCAAAGUAAUCGAAUAUUUUGCUUUUGACAGCCCUUUUACACCAGCAUAUGCCUGUCUGGUGUGGAUAACCUUGCAGAGUGCAGAGCGCAGUGCUCAUCCAAUUAGUAAUGAAAGUCGCUUGUUGCCAGGCGCCAGCCAUUGGCUAGGUUCACAGCUUAUUCGCAGUUCAACAUUCUUUUCUUUAUUGACUUAUUCUUGCUAUUCUCGCCACAUUCCGUAUUUAAAUGCACGAGGCCUUUUUUGUCUUUAUGGCUGCUAUUCUGUCAAAAAUACCUUUCCCAUGUGUAUUACAGAAAACCCCGUUUUGGUCAUGCUCACCGAUGAGAUUAUGAACAUGCUUCCAGCCAGCUAACGAGCCAUCCGUGUGCCACUGAGCUAUUUCCUUAUUG